UGUCCACCUAUGCCUCCACCCCCACCUUCGCAGCCAGCAUUGAUUCUUGAUGCUGCACCCUCUGACUUGGACGUCCGUCUGUCCCCACCCUUGGCCUCUUUAUCGGAAGUUCCUGAGCCUCCUGCACAAGUCCAGAAGGGCAAGGGUCGUGCUGUUGAGCUUCCAGAUGCUAGUGAACCUGUGCAGCUUCCUUCACGCAUGGUUGCUGGCCCAUCACAACCCAAAGCCUGAGCAGCACCACGCUAUGCAAUGCAGAUGCCUGCCAUCUUUACGCAGCAAAAUGCUCGUGAAGAGGAAAUGAAUGAAGAAAGGCGCCAAUGUGAACUUGAAUGUCUUCAGGCUGUGGCUCGGGAGAAGAACACUGUUGUGGUGUAUGCAUGGACUCAGAAUGGUGUUGAGCCCAUAAUUUACGAAUUUCAAGACGGCUUCAAACUACCCAACUUCUACUUCACACUCUCGGUCCUCCAAAAAUUAUGCAUGACCUCUGAGGUCCCCGAUAUUCCUGCUCCUGCAAGGAUUGCUCCUAUCCAGCGGUACAACCGUGCCCUCGACACAUGGACAUGGUUUGAUGUGGGCCACAUGGUCACUCUGCAUGAGCGCGAUGCUGGCAUCCUCUUUGUGAGGGAUGCACGUGUCAGGGAGUGUGUAGACUUUGACCGGCACCUUCACACACUGACACGCCCAGUAAGCGCUAACCUCAUGACAGACCUGACGAGCAAACGGAAGUAUGUGCGUGCUGCAUCUCUUGCACGGAGCUCACGUACACCAUCUCUACCUCCUACCAAUCCUGUGCCACAUACUCGCAAACCUCGCUCUGGUAUGCCCUCACUGUCGCCAGUCGCAUCAGACAAUGAGCAUGAAGUGCC